UCAGUGUUGAUCCUCCAGGCGGCGUCUCUUCAUUUCUCUAAAGAGCCCAGAUCUCAGGACGCUCUGCAUGGCCGCAGUGCCAUCCUGCGCUGUGAGCUGGGUGAGCCGGGGGUGGCGGUGCUGUAUUGGUGGACGCAGGACGGGCAGCGGGUGCAGGACUCCCAGCGCCGCUUUCAGGAUGGCAGCAACCUCAAGUUCACAGCGGUGGACCGACACGCGGACACGGGCAACUUCCAGUGUGUGGUGUCCAGCGGGGCAGAGAGCCUGACCUCCGCCAACGCCUCCUUCAACAUCAAGUGGCUGGAGCGGGGGCCGGUCACCAUGAAUGAGCCCACCUCAGAGGCGGAGCUAGAGGAGGCUGAGCGAAUCGUGCUGCAGUGCCACAUUGAUGGACACCCGCGGCCGAGCAGUAAGUGGUUUAGGGAUGGAGCUCCACUGGACAGGAAGGACCGGAUCCUGACGUUGGUGAACCUGAGCCUGGAGGAUUCUGGGAAAUAUUCCUGCUGCGCUCGAAACGCCGCCGGACAAGUGUGCAGUGACCACAACAUCACACUCAGUGUAGUGGAUAAGAGUGUUCCUCGUGUGCUGCUGGCUCCAGUAGAUCAGGUGGUUCUGCGUGAUGAAGACGCUGUGUUCCACUGUCAGUUCAGAGCAAAGCCGCCGCCGCUGCUGCUGUGGCUCCAUGAUGGAGAACCCGUCCACAACACGUCAGGGGUGGUGGUAUAUGAUAACGGCACCCUGCAGAUCUCUCAGGUGCAGCAGCAGCGCAGCACAGGUGUGUACAGGUGUGUGGCUCAGUAUGGAGAGGACAGACAGGUGUACAUGGAGGCCUCGCUCAGGAUGGCAGAGAUUGAGGAGAUGGGUGCGCGCAUGCACCGUGUGUUUCCCGCAGACAGUGUGCAGCAGGUGCGCUGUGAGCCGCCGCGAGGUCAGCCGGAGCCGCAGGUGUGGUGGGAGCGCGCAGGUGCUCGUGUGGCAUCAGAGGGUCGAGUCCACCAGCGGGACACAGAGCUGAUCUUCACACACACACACACCUCAGACUCCGGCCUGUACGUGUGUGUCGCUCACAACACUGCAGGACAGAAGCAGCAGGAGCUCCUCGUCACUGUGGCCACUUCUCCUGAGUGGAUUGUCCAGCCACAGGACACGUAUAUAGAGGAAGGUCAGCAGGGGUUCCUGCACUGUCAUGCAGAGGGCACACCUGAACCACAGGUCACCUGGUACCGCAGGGGGGUACCCAUCUUAGAAGAGGCGUCUGGCUAUAAGCUGUUCUCUAACGGGACUCUGAGGAUCAACAGUGCAGAGCUGAGUGAUGGAGUCCAGUACAGCUGCAGGAGUGAGACAGCAGGAGGAGCUCUCACUGCACAGGCCCGUGUGCAGAUACUGGAGCGGUUGAAGUUUGCACCGGUGCCGCAGGCGUCUCAGUGUCUGCAGCUGCACAGAGAGUGUCGGGUCAGCUGUGUGGCCAAGGGGAGAGAGCCGCUCACUGUACACUGGAGCAGAGCAGACGGCGCUGUCCUCCCUCCACACGUGUCUCAGGCAGAUGAUGGAGUCCUGCUCUUCAGCUCAGUGCGUCGCAGUGAUGGAGGAAACUACACCUGUGUGGCGUCCAGCAGCUCACAGGGACAGAUACGAGCACACGUGCACCUCACUGUAGCAGUGCAUGUGGAGUUCUCUGUGGAGCCGGAGCAGACCACCGUCUAUCAGGGACACACAGCUGUGCUGCACUGUCAGGCGUCUGGAGACCCACAGCCUCAGCUCCAGUGGAUGAUCAGAGACACACUGCUCACCGGCAGCAGCUCCAGCAGGUUCCAGCAGAUGGCCAAUGGUUCUCUGGUGAUCAGUGAUGUGAGCAGUGAGGACAGCGGCGUCUACACCUGCAUCGCUGGAAACACCUGCAGCAUCAGAGACGCGCCGGCGCAGCUGUUUGUUGUGGAGAAGCCGGCUCCGCGUGAUGAAGACGAGGAUAAGAGCCAGUUCAAGUUGUUCCAGACGGUGGCGCUGUCUGUGGCGGUGGCUGUGGCCUACAUGAUGGCGGUGCUGGGGCUCAUGUUCUACUGCAAACAGAGACGCAGGAGCAGACGCACACAGAAAACACACACCGCAGCGGACACCGAGACGGAGUGUCUGAACGGUGGUGCAGUUCCCCUGAAUGGCCACAGGGCGGCAGAGCUCCAGGAGGAAGUGGCUUUGACGGAUCUCAGACCCUCAGCAAACCCUGAGAAGGAGCAGAGCUGCAGUGACACACACCAGUUUCCCAGAGCGCACCUGCAGCACAUCACCACACUGGGUCGUGGCGUGUUCGGCGAGGUGUUUCUGGCUAAAGCGCGCGCUCUGCCGGCCUCAGAGGAGCAGACGCUGGUGCUGGUCAAGAGUCUGCAGAGCUCAGAGGUGUGUGUGCAGAGAGAGUUCAGCAGAGAGAUGCAGAUGUUCAGCAAACUCCAGCACACACACAUCGCCCGGCUGCUGGGAGUGUGCACGGAAACACAGCCGCUCUACAUGAUGCUGGAAUAUGAGGAUCUGGGAGAUCUCAAACAGUUCCUGCAGAUCCAGAGCAGCAGCAACACACACCCCAUCAGCACCAAAACUAAAAUCUCCAUCUGUGCCCAGGUGGCUGAUGGGAUGCAGCAUCUGUCACAGCAGGGUUUUGUGCAUGGAGAUCUGGCUGCGCGCAACUGCCUGAUCAGCGGACAGCGGCACGUCAAAGUGUCUGCACUCGGCCUCAGUCAAGACGUCUAUAAGAGUGAGUACUAUCAGCAGGGGCAGCUGUGGAUCCCGCUGCGCUGGCUGCCGCUGGAGUGUGUGCUGCACAGAGAGUUCUCCAGUAAGUCAGACGUGUGGGCCUUCGCUGUGCUGAUGUGGGAGGUGUUCAGUCUGGCAGAUCUGCCCUACACACACCUCAGUGAUGAGCAGGUGCUGGAAGGUCUGCGUGGUGGUGUGUUGCGUCUGCCUCCUCCAGCCGGGUGUCCCGCUCCGCUCUUCAGUCUGAUGCGCCGCUGCUGCUCCUCCAGUCCUAAAGAGCGGCCGGCGUUCAGCGAGAUCCUGCAGACGCUGACAGACACACACACACACCCUAAAGUCUAGAGGAGUGUGUGUGUGUGACGCUCAGGAUCAGGUUAAUCCGCCUUAAUAAAGACACACUCCAUCAGUGACCCGUUCAGCCUCAGGGAAGCAGAAACACACUGACCUCUGCAGCGUCGACAAUCCAGACCACGAGCAGCUGACCACGCCGGAGCUGUGUGUGUGUGUGUGUGUUUUCGGAGAGGAUGUCACAUGAAGCACAGCUCUGGUUAUCUUCAGUCACGUGGUUGAGAAACUGAUGAUUAGUUACUGACAGACAAAGCUAUAAUAUGAUUAACACAUGUGGACUAAUUAAUAAGUGUGUGCGUGCGUGCGUGCGUGUGUGUGUGCGCGUUUGAGAGUGUGUGAUCCUGCUGUUUCUCUGAGGUGCUCACAGGCUCUAUUAUUGUAAUAAUUAUGCAACGCCUCCGACUGCAGACCUUUCUGAAGCCAUGAUGAUGAUGAGGUGUGUGUGUGUGUACAGGUGUGUGUGUGUGUUGAUCAGCAGCUCUCAGUCUGUCCAGAUCCCACAGAUGUACUCAGAUCAGGACACAGAAUGAGGGCUCGUUCACACAGAAUGCGUCUUAGCUUUAAACAGGUGAGAUUCAGAGCUCAGCAUGGGUUUUAAGAAGCGUGAGUGUGUCCAGACACACACAGAGGAAAAGCAGCCCCGCCUCCAAGCUCUUGUGAUUGGUCCACUGCUUUGGAAGUGACAGUGCUGAGCAGCGCUGUAUUUAAAGUCAGUAUUAAACCCCAGUGUACUCUUCUUAUGUGGAUAUGUAUACAGUAGCGCUUGUUAUAAACGACGUGUGUCUACACUUCAUUAUGAGGGACAGAUUCAUUUGUCCUCAAACUGUAAUCAGAUACCCUAACCCCCCCCUCACACACACAUUCUUCAUUUCUGGUCACAUGGAAUUCCUUUAGGGCGGAGCUAUCAGUCAUGUAGGGGGGGCUAUCAGUCAUAUAGGGUGGAGCUAUCUGUUCUUUAGGGUGGAGAUAUCAGUUGUUAGGGAACUGCUAUCUGUCAUUUUGGGUGGGACUAUCAGUACUUUAGGGUGGAGCUAUCAGUUAUAUAGGGCGGAGCUAUCUGUUCUUUAGGGUCGAGCUAUUAGUUGUUAGGAAGCUGCUAUCUGUCAUUUUGGGUGGGACUAUCAGUACUUUAGGGUGGAGCUAUUAGUUAUAUGGGGCAAAGCUAUCAGUCAUAUAGGGCGGAGCUAUCUGUUUUUUAGGGAGGAGCUAUCAGUCAUAUAGGGCGGAGCUAUCUGUUUUUUAGGGUGGAGCUAUUAGGCAUGUAGGGCAGAGCUAUCUGUUAUUUAGGGUGCAGCUAUCAGUCAUAUAGGGCGGAGUUAUCUGUUAUUUAGAGUGGAGCUAUUAGUCCUAUAGGACGAAGGUAUCUGUUCUUUAGGGAGGAGCUAUCAGUCAUAUAGGGCGGAGCUAUCUGUUCUUUAGGGCAGAGCUAUCAGUUCUUUACAGUGGAGCUAUCAGUUCUUUAGGGUGGGGCUAUCUGUUCUUUAAGACAAAGCUAUCAGUUUAAGGCGGAGCUAUCUGUUUAUUAGGGUGAAGCUAUCAGUCAUAUUGGGCAGAGCUAUCAGUUCUUUAGGGUGGAGCUAUCAGUCAUUUAGGGUGGAGCUAUCUGUUAUUUAGGGUGGAGCUAUUAGCCAUAUAGGGUGGAGCUAUCUGUUCUUUAGGGUGGAGCUAUUAGUCAUAUAGGGUAGAGCUAUCUGUUCUUUAGGGUGGAGCUAUCAGUCAUUUAGGGCGGAGCUAGCUGUUCUUUAGGGAGGAGCUAUCAGUUAUAUAGGGCGGAGUUAUCUGUUCUUAAGGCGGAGAUAUCCGUUCAUUAGAGUGGAGCUUUCUGUUUUGUAGGGCGGCGCUAUCAGUCAUUUAAGGUGGACCUAUUUGUUCUUUAAGACGGAGCUAUCUGUUUAGGGUGGAGCUAUCUGUUUAGGGUGGAGCUAUCAAUCAUAGACGGCGGAGCCAUCUGUUCUUUAGGGCGGAGAUAUCAGUUAUUUAGAGCAGAAUUAUUUGUUUAGGGCGGAGCUAUCUGUUCUUUAGGGCGGAGCUAUAUGUUCUUUAGGGUGGAGCGAUCAGUUCUUUACUCACUCCAUCUUUCAAUCAUGCCCAUCUUCCAAUGACCCAAUCAGUUCUGAAAGGAUGAAAUCAUGCACCGCGAUACAUUUUAAAAAUAAUUCUCGGAGCAUUUCAAGUGGAUGUACAUCACCGGACAACGGACAAUCUUAACUUGUGUUUCACGGCCAUUUUAGGUUUCAAUCUCUUUUUUUUUUUAUUAAUGACAUGGCACCUAAACCCCUGCUGCUGAUGUGCGCAGCGCUUCAGAGGACGCGAGUGUAAUGCUCAUUCACUGUUCUCAGGUGUGUGUUUACAUUGAAAAACAAUAGUAGAGCUGUAUAUUAGAGCGGAAAGACCCCUUCUGUGUGAACAGACCCUUAUUCCCCUCCUGUCAAUUUGCUUUUGAAGAAUUUCCAAAUGACUGUUUUUCACAACACAUUUCUAAACAAAUUAUUUUCAAGACCUAAUUAAUAAUCCCUCAUUUCUGUUGUCUUUGCCAUGACAAUAGAUAUACUAGUUGUUUUGCAGGACACUAGUGUUUAGCUUAGUGUGAUUUUAUUAAUCAGAGAUGUUUAAUUGAAGACUUCAUUAUGCUAGCCUGUCCUGCACCGCUUCAGUGUGAAGUGAAUCUGCUUCAGUAUUCCAGUCGUUUUAAUAUAAACAGAAAUUCAGAGAUGAAGAAAGUGUGAGCAGAGCGUCUCCACCAUAUCACCUGCAGAUGUAAAGGCCACGGGUCCCUCAUGUUUCUGAGUGUGUGUCAGUGUUUAAGAAUCUGAUCAUGUUUACAGCCAUCUCAUGUCUGUGGUCUGGUUUAUACUCACGAUGAUGUGUUUCUCCUGCUGUUUAAAGCUCAGGAACGUAUGUUUGAUGGUGAUUCUGGAGGAUCUGGGACUGAUGAGAGCUGCAGAUCUGCUGUUUGAGGCAUUACUGAUGAAGCGUUUGCUCAUGAUUUAAUGAUUCUAGAAUGCAGUUCUCCUCAAAUGUUUCUCCUCCUCAGCUGAAAGUGCCUCCAGCAUGAAGGACUCCACUCACUCUUUGCUUUUUUACCGUGUGUUUUGUAAUGCAGGUGAGGAUUAUUGUUUUAAACACUGCUUUUAUACACUCUUUCAGAUGUGUUUUUAUUAUUGUUUAUUGGUGAUGUGUGUGUGUGUGUGUGUGUGUGUGAGUGUGUGUGAUGUUCAGUCCUCUGCUUUCUAAAGGUCACAGAUGUAAAGCUGCUCAUUAUUAAACACACUUCUGUUUUUAACA